UUUUGUGCCUUAUAGGAGACCGUAGAUCAGUGCACUGACUGUGCUGUUCACCGUAAACAUGGCUGAAGAUAUCAUUGUUGAAAGCGAAGAAGAGAAUAUUUUGUACGAUUUAUUAAUAAAUACUGAAUGGCCACCGGAGACCGACACUCAGUUAAGAGGAAGCAAUACACGCAGUUCAUCUGUGAUCGCAAAGGCCGUUACUGGACCAUUUAGAUUCCUUCUACAUUAUCUCUGGUACAGCCCUUCAAGUUCCUCCCUGCCUGCGGGACUUGUUCGACUUGUCAGUAAACAAAUUAACUGGCAGCUGGUGCUGGCAAGUAAUGGGAAAUUAUUGGCAGUUGUUCAGGAUCAAUGUGUGGAAAUCAGGUCCGCGAGAGACGACUUCGGCUCCCUCAUUGGAAAGUGCCAAGUCCCUAAGGACCCCAGCCCCCACUGGAGGCGGGUGGCCUGGAGCCAUGACUGCACCCUGCUGGCCUACGCCGACAGCACGGGCACCGUCAGGGUGUUCGACCUGAUGGGGAGCGAGCUGUUCCUCAUCCCCCCGGCGGCGAGCUUCCCAGGAGACUUCAGCUAUGCGGUGGCGGGCCUGAUCUUUCUGGAGUACACGGCCAGCGCGCAGUGGUCCGCCGAGCUCCUGGUCAUCACCUACGGCGGCCAUCUUAAGAGCUACCUGGUCAGCGUGGCGACCAGUCAGGGCUUUCAGGAGAACCACAGCUUCAGUUUCGCUCCACACUACUCCCACGGCAUCACCACGGCCGUCUACCACCCCGGGCAUCGGCUGCUGCUGAUUGGCGGCUGCGAGGGCGGAGACGAGGUGUCGUCCAAGGCGGCGCGGUGCGGGCUGACCGCCUGGCGGGCGCUGUCCGGAGCGCCGCACUACAAGCAGGUCACCAGCUACGAGGACGACAUGGCCUCGGCUCAGAGGAGAGGCUUCUUCAGGAUCCCCAGCCUGCCGUUCUUCGGGAGCCAGAGCAGCGAGAAGGACGGAAUUUUCCGGAUGAGCCUGUCUCCUGACGGCUCCCUCCUGGCUGCCAUUCACUUCUCGGGUCAGCUGACCCUGUGGGACGUCCCGUCCCUCAGACAGAGAGCGGGAUGGGCCCAGGACUCGCAGCCCGGUUUUGAUGAGAUCAACCCGGAGUGGAAGAACUCACUGGAGAAAAGGAAGAAAAUAAGAGAUAAGGAGCACUACUACCCCCUGCUGGAUGUGAACUGGUGGAGCGACGCGGCGGUGAUCCUGGCCCGCUGCUCCGGGUCUCUGACCGUCUCGUCCGUCAGGACGCUCAAGAACCUCCUGGGCCGGUCCUGCGAGUGGUUCGAACCCUCGCCGCAGGUCACCGCCGCGCACGAGGGCGGCUUCCUCAGCCUGGAGUGCGAGAUCAAACUGGCGCAGAAGAGGCUCCGCCUGGAGAGCAGCGCCUCCGAGGACGACGAUGGCGAGGAAGACUCUGACUCGGAGGACGAGUCCUCCGCCAAGGCGCGCUACUUCGGCUACGUCAAGCAGGGCCUCUACUACGUGACGGAGAUGGAGCGGUUCGCCCCGCCCAGGAAACGCCCCCGCACCGUCGUCAAGAGCUACCGUCUGGUGAGCCUGAGGUCCACCACUCCAGAGGAGCUGUACCAGAGAAAGAUCGACAGCGAGGAGUACGGAGAGGCCCUGUCCCUGGCGCAGGCGUACGACCUGGACUCGGACCUGGUGUACCAGCGGCAGUGGAGGAAGUCCACCGUGAGCAUCGCCUCCAUCCAGGACUAUCUGAGCAAGAUUAAGAAGCGCUCGUGGGUUCUCCACGAGUGCGUGGAGAGGGUUCCGGAAAACGUGGACGCCGCCAAGGAGCUGCUGCAGUACGGGCUGAAGGGGACCGACCUGGAAGCCCUGAUCGCCAUCGGCAACGGGGAGGACGGGGGCAGAUUCAUCCUGCCGGGCGACUUAGACGUGGAGGACGCUGCUUACGAGGAUUUCCUCUCGCCGGUCGAGGAGCUCCAGAGGAAGAAGGAACACGAGGCCAAGAAGAGGGAGGAGCUCCUGAAGAAGGUGGACUUCGGCAGGCUGACCCUGGAGCAGAAGGAGCUGUGUCGCAGCCGGCUGAAGCUGCUCUCUUACCUGGACCGCUUGGCCACGUACGAGGAGAUCUUGGGAGGGCCGCACGCAGCCGAGCAGCGGUACGACGGCGACUUCUUCAAGAAGUUCCGCAAUCAGAACAUCCUGCUGUCCGCCAGGACCUACGCCCGGGAGAGCAACGUGCAGGCCUUGGACAUCUUGUUCACUUAUCACGGAUCGGAACUGCUCAAGCAUCGGCUGGCUGUCCUGUACAACUUCCCGGAGACGACGUCUCCGCACGAAUACACGAUACUGCUCCCCGAGGCCAGCCUGGAUGAGCGAGGCAACCUGAGGCUGAUCCCCUGGGAUGAGCAGAGCCACCGAGAGAGAGACUGGUGCGAGCAGCCGGAAUGCAGGUCGGCGGUGGAGCCGGACGCUCAGGACGAGGACGAGUUCCUGUACGAGGAGCAGCCCGAGCUGCUCCGCUUCCGCUCGGCCGACCCGCCCGUCAGCCUGCUCACGGACUGGUACCUGAGCCGGGCCGAGGACAUCGACAGCGGCUCCCGACAGGUGGACUGCGCCCUCUCCCUCGUGCGCCUGGGCAAAGAGAGGGAGGUCCCGGGAUUGGAGGUCCUCGGGGACGACCUGGUCACCUUGGAGACGCUGGUGUACGAGGCGUCCUGCGAGCUGAGCCUGACGCUGCGGGACCUGCGGCAGCUGAGGGACAUCGACAAGCUCCGGCUGCUGAUGAAAAACUCGCCAGAGGAGAGGUACGUGAAGAACGCCUACCAGUGGAUGGUCCCCUUCCUGCAUCGCUGCGAGAGCCAGGACGCGGGCUCGGCCGACGCCCUCCUGCGGGAGUACCUGGUCACGCUGGCCAAGGAGGACCUCACCUUACCCCUCAAAAUAUUCCAGCACUCCAAGCCGGACUGCCAGCAGAAGAUCAUUGGAGACCACGACCAGCUGAUGUCCAUGGCCCUGGAGUGCGUCUACAGCUGCGAGCGGGACGACCAGCUGUCGCUGUGCUACGACGUGCUGGAGUGCCUCCCGCAGCGAGGCUUCGGGACUGAAACCAGCCUGACCAGGACGCUCCAUGACCAGGUGGAUAAAUUGGAGAAGCACCUCAGCGUGGCGGAGGUCCUGGAGAAGCACGGGCUGCAGAAGCCCAUCUCCUACGUGAGGAACAGCCAGAGCAGCCGCGAGGAGGCCUACCAGCUGAUGGUGAAGCUGACCCGCCACACCGGACGCAAAAACCCUCCUGUGAGUGAGAACCUGUGGAAGGGCCUGCUGCAGGACCUGCUGGACAUGCAGCAGAACGUCUACACCUGCCUGGAGCCCGAGACCUGUCAUCAGAUCUUCACGGAGAGCCUGCUGUGCUCCAGUCGCCAGGAGAACAUUCGGCUGGCGGGCCAGAUGAUGCGCUGCAGCUCCCACUCCCAGGACGUCCCGGCCAGCCUGGCGUUCCGGGGGGGCCGCGCCCACCCCAGGGUGUCCUACCGCCGGAGCGUGGAGCUGGUGCUGGCCUCCGCCCGCGAGUACUUCAACUCCUCCACCGCGCUCACCGACAACUGCAUGACCCUGGCACGGUCCUGUUUGCAGCUGAUCUCUGACUGCCCACCCGACAUCCAGGAAGAGCUGGACCUGAUCAACGCUCUCAGCCAAUUGGAGGAGUUUGGGGUUAAAAUCCUGCCCUUGCAAGUGCGUCUGCGGGAGGACCGCCUCUCCCUGAUCGAGGAGUGCGUACGCGAGUGCCCCACGGCCUACAGGCAGUCCCCCGUCCUCCUGGGUUUGGCCGGCCUGCUCCGCGUGGCAGGGGACGAUGAACCCAAAAGGAAGGGCCAGGUGCUGACUCUGCUGGCAGAACAGGCCCUGCAGCACCAUGACUACAAGGCCUCCUACAUCCACUGUCAGGAUCUGAUGGCCACAGGUUACGGCGCGGGGUGGCACGUGUGCUGCCAGCUGGGCCAGUGCGAGGGCUACCAGGACCUGCUGGCACGCCAGGAGCUCAUGGCCUUCGCCCUCACCCACUGCCCGCCCGCCAGUAUCCAGGGCCUGCUGGCCGCCAGCAGCUCCCUGCAGACACAGAUCCUGUACCAGGCGGUGAACUACCAGAUAGAUGCAGAGCCUGCUCAGGUGGGAGACGGACACAGCCGCCUGAACGCAGCUUCUGAUGCGGUCUCCCUGCAGGCCGACGCGGACGCCGCUGGCGGUGGCGGCGGCGGCGGAGGUCGCUCGGCGGACCUGCUCAAGAGGACCACGGCCAGGACCAUGAAGGUCAUCUCCAACACCACGGUGACCACCAAGGCCGUGCUGCACGCCGUCAGCGACUCGCAGUGGUGGAAGACCUCGCUCAAUUACCUCAGGCCUCUACAUGGUCAAGGACCCGGUUCUGUACUGAGGGGUCCAUCAGGGGAGAACGCGGAUCUGGAAAAACAAGGCUGUAACCCAUUCUAUGAAGCCCUUUUUGAUAAUCCCUAUAUUGAUGAAAGUGAGGAAAUGUACGCCUCCUACCAUCACGUCCCCCUGGAGAACUUCGCCGAAGUUCUGCUGCGGACCGGGAAGCUGGCCGAGACCAAGAGCGAGGGCCGGAGCCUGUUCCCCACCACCGAAGUUCUCAUUCAGCUGGCGUCUGACGCUCUUCCUAAGGACCUGACGCUGGCCUUGGCCUAUUUGCUCGCCCUUCCUCAGAUCCUGGACGCCAACAAGUGUUUCGAGAAGCAGUCUCACUCGGCGCUGUCGCUGCAGCUGGCCGCGUACUAUUACGCCAUGCAGAUAUAUGCGCGGCUGGCUCCCUGUCUCAAGGACGAAUGUCACCCACUCUACCGGGCCGACCCGAAGGACCUGAUCAGGCUGGUGACGGCGCACGUGACGGACGGCCCGGCGGGGGCGGACUGGCCCGAGGAGCUGGAGAAGCUGAUUGGCCAGCUCCGGCUGUACAACGAGCGGCUGACGGACUUCACCCAGGCGCAGGUGCUGCGCGGCCUGGGCCGCGGCGUCGACGUCCAGCGGUUCGCCGCCGACAGCAAGUACAAGAAGGAGACCAUCCUGGGGCUCGCAGAGACCCUGGAGGAGAGCGUGUACCGGAUCUCGCUGUCCCUGGCCCAGCGAUACGGCGUGCCUCUCUGGGAGGUCUACAUGACGCACCUGGAGUUCCUCUUCACGGACAGCGGACUCUCGACGAAGGACAUCGAGAGCCGGAGCGCGGCGCUGGGCCUGUUCGAGACGCUGCGGGGCGACCCGGCGGCGUUCCACGAUCACAUGACCAAGUACGUGUACCCGAGCAUCGCGGGAACGGACCUGGCGCGGCUGCUGUACUACUUCACCCUGCUGGAGAGCUGCGGCUGCGCGGAGCUGGUGCCCAGCGCCAUCAAGCCGGACACGCACGUCAAGCUGCUCAAGAAGCUCAAGGCCGUGGCCACAGGCCUGGACUACAGGAAGCUGACGGACGAGGGCUCGGACCCCCUGCUGGCCCUGGAGCCCGUGCUGACCAGCCAGAACGUGCUGUCCAUCUCCAAGCUGACCUCCCGCCUGCCCCUCGCCACCUCCGGCCACGGGGGGGCGCUGUCCUCCAGCGCGGUGCACGCCGCCUGGCUGGGCAAGCUCUUCUGGAAGGGCGACGCGCAGCUGCUGAAGACGCCGCCGCGGUCCGACCCGGAGUUCCUCCAGGCGUACAAUGCCUGCGCCAAGUACCUGGACCGCCUCCUUCCCGCCGACGCCGUCGCCUUCGUGGACGGCGUGACGUUCUCCCCCGAGGCCGCCGAGCUGCUGUCGGUGGACGCCCGGCGGGAGGUCACUAAGCGGGCCCUGAAGGCCAUCAGACAGUUGAGCGAAAAGUCGCGGAAGAAGGGCGGCGACGAGAGCGGCCAGCUUCCGGAACAUUCUGCCGCCGGCUUCGACCAGGCCCUGCAGCACCUCCAGCAGUCCCUGGCUCACCUGGACACGCUCAGUCACCCUUUCAUCGCCUCCCUCAGGAGCAGCGAGGAGGAGCUCUCGCAGAAGUACAGCCGUCUGUAUGACGUGUCCAGAUCGGACGGGGAGAAGAUCCACCUCCUGGCGGUAACCAUGCUGAUGGACGGGCGCCCACUGGGCGACGUGCAGCAGCUGCUGGAGGUGGCCGUGGGCCCCUUGGACAUCUCCCCGAAAAAAGUGGUGCAGGACGCCAUCCAGAGGGUCGUCUCGGCGCUGAGCGGAGACGAACGUGCUUUGACAGACGGCACAGACCCGCUGACGGUGCUGGAGGGAAUCGUGACGUCGGUGCACGCAGACGUCCAGAGCGGGGGGAGCGAGGUGUCCUCUGAUGACGUGCUGGGGUGGCUGAGGCCCUUCUGCGCGGACCCCGUCCCCCCGGUGCGGGCGCGCACGGCGGUGCUGCAGGUCCUGGAGCGCGUCUUUCGGCUGAGCGAGGAGGACGCCCGGCUGCUGGUCUUCUACCGGAGCCAGGCCGUGCUGCGGUCCUGCUGGCCCCACAGACAGCUGGAGACGGGCGACGUCGAGAGCGAGGAGAGGCGGGCGGAGCUCUUCGCCGAGCUGCUGUACUCCAGCGCCGGGUGGGACCAGAUGCAGCACCUGAUGCUACUCCUGCAGGCGUGGCCUCCCCCGACCAGCCCCGCCGCUGACGCCGCGGCGGAGAGCCCGUGGGUGAAGCUGACCCGCGCCAUCUUGUUGCUCCACGGGACGGGCAGCGAUGGCGACGGCGUCGUCGACGUUGGCGGAGAAGUCCUGAGCAUGUGCCGCUCCCUCCAGCCAACCAAACACAAGCUGCCUGUCGAGUGCGUCAGGGAGAUUUCGGGCCUCCUCCUGCAGCAGGCCGGGCUCCUGCUCCCGGCCCUGAAGCUGAUGACCGAGAGCGGCGACGAGCAGCUGACCGCGCUCGCCCUGGACCGGAUAAGAGGCGUCGAUAAGGUGGACGAGUCGAACUGUGACGAGGAGCUUCUGGCCCUGCUCCUGGACGCGGGGCUCCUGAUCCGAUGCGUGGGGACGGCGUUCUACCCCCGGCUGGCGGAGCACCUCCUGGCCCACCACCAGGAGAAGGGGUGGGACGUGGAGGAGGUGUGCCGCGAGAUGAGGGCGGCCGGGCGCCCGGCGGAGGCGGGGUCGCUGCUGCUGGCCCACAGGGGCACCCACCAGGGCCAGUUCACCUUCAACAGCGCGCUCGCCGUCGUCAGGCGAUGGCUGUGACCGAGCGGGGGAGGGGGCGUGGCCUCGCCAGACGGCCAAUCAGAAGCAGAGUCGUACCCGGGACAUUUGUCCCCAAUUCUUCCUGCUCACCCUUAAAUCAGAGACAGUGCCCUAGUGCCACUCCACAAACGGACUCCUUAUUCAUAGCAUGUGAUUAACAUAACACAUUUUGCGCAUGCUUUCUUAAGAGGUGUACAACUUCUUUAUAAGCAGUGUAUAACACCUUCAUAAGCCCGUUAUAAACAUAUUAUAAACAAUGCUUAUGUCAGUAGCUAUAAAUGGGAGGUGUUGUGUCUGUACCUAUGCAGCGCGUGGCAUUGCCAGGUAAAUACCUGAGUGACUUGUGCCGUAUUCCUAGUUGCGGUUGUUUAGCAUUUAUGAAUGUCUGUGUAGUGCUUAUGAACGUGCUAUACUGGAGUUAUAGAGCUCUUAUGAAGGAGCAUUCAUAGAAAGUGCAGCCCAUAUGUUUUUCCCAUACAACUCUACAGCUGUCUGCAGUUUGUUAUGGUACUGUGUCACAGUGGGUAAUCAUUAAAGCAUAACGGUAAUUGAAAAGCUUGAAGGUUGCUGUGAGUUUAUAUAUUUGCAGGUCCAUGACAGCUCUGGGUAUGUUGUACAGUAGAUCGAUUAACCUUUUUUUCCUGUUCUUUGUUUUAAACAAAUUAUUCCCUGCAGCUGCCUCAAUGCCAAGUGGCUAUUUAAAACCUCCAUUAUGGUAGCAUUUUAAUAGGGCCAUAAUUAUGCAUGGAAAGGUUUAAAUCACACAGGGCUGGUGAUGUAAUACUGGUAACAGUAUAUUCUGUUAUAAUAAUAAUAAUAAUAAUAAUAAUAAAGAUAUAAAGAUGCACUAAAACUA